UGCUGAACUACAUUUCCCAUUGACCCCUGCGCCGCUCCCUCCCCGGAGUCGGAGCGCCCCGAGGUGCCUGCUGGGAGAGGUUUACUGCGCGGAGGAUUGUCUGGGUUCGGCAUCCCGUAGCCGCGGUCCCGAGUUGACAUCCAGCCUUGCGCCCCCUCCUGACGCCCUGAGUCCUGGGGUCCCGAGAGGCCAGCCGUCCUCCGGAACAAGUACCCUGAAGGAAGAAGACUCUUAACGCAUCUUAAAGUCAAGAAACCCCAAGAGGACAGAUCAGUUGAUUCUAGAACUAUGGCACACGGUUUGGUGACAUUCUCAGACGUAGCCAUCAACUUCUCUCAGGAGGAGUGGGCAUGCCUGAACUCCUCACAGAGGGACCUGUACUGGGACGUGAUGUUGGAGAACUACAGUAACCUGGUCUCCCUGGAUUUAGAGUCACCAUAUGGGACCAAGAGUUUGCCUACAGAAAAGGGCCUUUAUGAAAUGAAUUUAUCCAAAUGGAACUCAAAUGGAAAAAGUAAAUCCCUUGGCCUUGACUGGAUGUGUGAAGGUGAGUGUGAAAGACCACGGGGCCCUCAAGAGGGCUGUUUCAAUCAAAUGAUAAUCAACUGUGAGAAAACGCCUGCUUGUAGAGAAAAUACCUCUGUUAGACCACAGCAGAGACUUCAUACUAGGGAGAAUUCCUAUGAAUGUAAGGAGUGUGGGAAGGCCUUUAGUCGUGGCUACCAGCUCACUCAGCAUCAGAAAAUUCACACGGGUGAGAAACCCUAUGAAUGUAAGGACUGUAAAAAGGCCUUUCGUUGGGGUAAUCAGCUCACUCAGCAUCAGAAAAUCCACACUGGUGAGAAACCCUAUGAAUGUAAGGACUGUGGGAAGGCCUUUAGAUGGGGUUCGAGCCUCGUCAUUCAUAAGAGAAUCCAUACGGGAGAGAAACCCUAUGAAUGUAAGGACUGCGGGAAAGCCUUUAGACGUGGUGACGAACUCACUCAGCACCAGAGAUUUCACACUGGGGAGAAAGACUAUGAAUGCAAAGACUGCGGCAAGACCUUUAGCCGUGUGUAUAAACUAAUUCAGCACAAGAGAAUUCAUAGUGGUGAAAAACCCUAUGAAUGUAAGGACUGUGGGAAGGCCUUUAUCUGUGGCUCGAGCCUCGUUCAGCAUAAGAGAAUUCAUACUGGUGAGAAGCCCUACGAAUGUCAGGAAUGUGGGAAGGCCUUCACUCGAGUCAAUUAUCUCACCCAGCAUCAGAAAAUCCACACUGGUGAGAAACCUCACGAAUGUAAGGAGUGUGGGAAGGCCUUUCGCUGGGGUUCGAGCCUGGUUAAACAUGAGAGAAUUCAUACUGGUGAGAAGCCAUAUAAAUGCACAGAAUGUGGGAAGGCCUUUAAUUGUGGCUACCACCUCACCCAGCACGAGAGAAUCCACACGGGUGAGACGCCUUACAAGUGCAAGGAGUGUGGGAAGGCCUUCAUCUAUGGGUCAAGCCUCGUUAAACAUGAGAGGAUUCAUACAGGGGAAAAGCCCUAUGAGUGUAAAGAGUGUGGGAAGGCCUUUAGUCAUGGCCAUCAACUUACACAGCAUCAGAAAAUUCACACUGGUGAGAAGUCCUUUUGAGUGUAAGGAAUGUGGGAAGGCAUGUCACCACGUGAACCAUCUUAGAGAACAUCCAAGUGUUCACGCUGCUGAUAAACCUUUUGAACGAAAAGAAAGGACAGAAGUUUCUAUACAGCAUUUCUUGCUUCCACAGCACAAGGAA